UACCAGGGUAACUCUCUGUGACGACAGAGCCCGGACAGCAAGGAGGAGGAAACAACCCCAUGGUAGCUGGACUAAAGGGAACAAAACAUCCUGAACUGGUGGGAAAAUCUCUGCCAAGAUGCCUUCCAGGAAGAAAACAACCAUGUUUGCAUCUGCUUUUUGUACCUGUGUUUCCUCCUUCGUGCUGAUUUGUGUGGUGCUGGCGACGCAGCAGUGGGUGAGCAGCGACGUUCUCUUCUCUCGCACCAACACCAGCGUCACCAUCAGCCUCGAGUACGGACUCUUCAGGGGCACCUGUGAACAGUUUGUUGAAGCAGGACUUCAGGUGUCAAAACAGACCUUCCAAGUUGCAGAUUCCCUGAGCAGCACCAAGACAAGAAGCACCAACGUUGCCAUUAUUGUGAUUCUGGUUCUCAGUUUACUGACUUCCCUUCUGAGCUCUGGAUUCACCUGCACCAAUGCUGUCAGCAAUCCCUACCAGACAUUUCUGGGACCCAUUGGAGUCUACACCUGGAAUUCCAUAUGUGGAAUCCUCGUGCUUAUAGCCAUGAUACUUUUCCCUGUGAAUGUAGAAGCACACGGCCUGUCUGAAGAACUGGCCCGUGGAUGUUCCACCACUCUGCAGAGCCACAUCAGAUCUCAGCACAGUUAUGGAUAUUCCUACUGGAUCAUGCUGCUCGUCCUUUUCCUGAACAUUGCUUCUCUCAUCAUCAUAUAUUUCUAUGACCAUGCAAGGUAUUCUAAGAAGAAAGAGCAGGAAAGACCCAUUGAAAAUGCACCAAAAGAUGUCAUUCUGUUUUAAGGACACCACAGAAGAGAGGGUGCAAAGGAAAAUGACUAUUUAAUGUGGACAACUAAUUUCCAUUCAAACUGAACUGUGUGUGCAGUUCAAUUAACAAAUUGGUUUGAAGACACAAUGGUCCACUUUGGUUUUAGCUGCCUUCUGCUUCACCCUUUGAGAUCUCAAGGGGCAGAAAUAUCUCUUGGGAUCAUGAGAAAUGGUCA